AUGCAUUGGCUUGCCCCGAACGAUAAUGGCAUCAUCAAACUAGACUCUCUUCAACUUGAUAUUGUAGGCUUCCUGGCCAUCUUAGGAGAGGGUUCCGUGCUUGCCAACGCUCAGGUCUCAACGCUUUCGAAAUGGAUCUUUCUACCACGCUUGAUCCCGGCCCCUCAAGCGCUGAUGAGACCGACUAGGCCUUUGGUGCUUGAACCCGCGCCUGGAACCGUAUCAGGCAUUUUCUCGGGCAAUAAGAGAGACAACAUCAACCACAUCGGAAACAUUGUCUGCGAUGCGAACAAUCUUGCGACAUACUCGGUCCGCGUCGUCGAGAUCGAACGCAUCAACGAACAAGACUUGAAAUCGAAAACCGUCGCGCCGCUGACUUUUGUCAUAUUCGUUGGCUUCUCCCUUUCCGCCUUCCUCCUCGCACUCUCGAUAUGGCAAAAGGACGGCAUGUCCAUCGUUGCUACCUGCCUCCUGUCGCUGCUCUCGAGCCUCAUCGGCCUCGGCAACAAAUGGAAACUACAACUGCCUAAGCGUAGAUCAACGUCGGGUAGCGUACCACGCGGCGAUGUCGUGAUUCGAUAUCCGAGAGGCAGUUUCCUCGUUGUCCGCUGCAACGAGAACGUAGCCCGCGAGCUGUACUUCGCGCCCGCAGAGAUAGAUUACCUCCUGAAGCACGCGCCUGCCUAUCGAAUCUUGAGCUUGGUAGGCACCAUGAUGCUUAUGGGAGGUGUCAUUUGCCUUGCCAACGCGCAAAUUCAAGUGCAGAUUGCUUGGGCAGGAUCAUACAUGGUGCUAGGUGCUGCAUACUGGAUUGUAGCUGCCUUGCCACAAAAGCUCCACUGGGACACGUCCUGCUACAAGGUCACCAACGAAUGUCUUUCCGACUCGAACAUGGACGCCAAGGGCUACCCGUCCGAGAACGAGACCUUCACGCAAGCGCUUUGGAAGGCUAUCAUCGUCACGAAGAACACGACCUGGGUCACAAGAAGUGAUGCAUGCCCCGACACAGACGCAUGGCGGGAGUGGCUAUGUGAGGCACACGCGGUCAGCAAGGAUGUUAAGCUUGCAGACAAAGAGAACAAGGAAGGCGUCAGGACUUGGGAGGUGCCGCGUGACUGGGACCCCCAGGCACACUUGGUGGAGUUGCUGAGCAGACAAGCGAAGAAAGACAAGAUCAACUCGACCAGGAUCUUGGAGGACGUGUAA